CUGCUCUUUCCCCCCCCUUCUUCUGCUUCUCACUCACUGACUGCUAAUUCCGUUUUCCCCCAAAUCCUCACCUGCUGAUGGAUGAUGGUCUUGCACGAAUCCUGCAGUGAUCCUUCCCUUCCCUUUUUCUUUUCUUUUCUUUUCCUUUUUUUUUUUUCUUUUCUUUCUUUUCCCCCCCUCUUCUGCUUAUUCUUUUUCCUUCUUCUCAAGUUUCUCUAUUUUUUUACUUUUUUGUUUUCUUCCUUUUCCAGGUGAGGCGUAGAAUCGAAUGAAGGAUUGUUCCAUGUGCCAACUAGCGUCCCCGAAAAAUAAUAAAUUAAAUAAAAAAG